UAAAAAGGAAAAAAAGGGGGACCGAAAUCACGACUCGUUCUUCAGCUGAGAUCCGAGAAAUGCGUCCCAAUUCGGGAUCCAUAUAGAGAGGAGGGAUUCACGAAGAUCGAAUUGCCCACCAAUCUCCGGCGAUGAGGAAGAAGCUCGGGACUCGAUUCCCUGCGUCACGAAUAAAAAAGAUUAUGCAAGCAGAUGAAGAUGUCGGCAAAAUUGCACUGGCAGUGCCCCUUCUAGUUUCGAAAGCGCUGGAGCUAUUUUUGCAAGAUCUGUGUGACAGGACUUACGAGAUUACGCUCCAAAGGGGUGCCAAGACAGUUAAUUCUUUGCAUUUAAAACAAUGUGUGAGAAGUUAUAGUGCUUUUGAUUUCUUGACUGAUGUUGUCAACAAGGUGCCAAACCUUGGUGGAACAGAAUCAGGUGGGGAUGAGAAAGGAGUCGCACGGAGAAGGGAAAAACAUUCCCUCAUGAUGAAGAUGGAGAAACCAAUGAGGGACUUGAGAUCUGCCAAGAUGGCGAUGAGGAGCGCGAAUGUAAGCCCAAGAGGUCGGGGAAGGGGUAGAGGAAGAGGCAGAGGAAGGCCACCUACCCGAAUAUUUGCAGAUGAUACAAGGUACAUGAAAUUUGAAGAUGACCAGAGCAUGUCUCCUGAACAUGGUGAACCACCGAUGGGUGAGACAGAAGGUGUGAAUGGAAAGGAAAAAAUAAGUCUCAAUGGGCAUACUUCCCUGCAGAUGGGACGAACACAAGAAGAAUUUUCUCGUUGGGCUUUGCCUGAUGUCACGGGUGAUGCAGCCAUUCCACCAGCAAGCCUUCCUCAUCUAACUAUGAAAAUAGAUGAGGAUGAAGACUAUGACAAUGAAGAUUGAGGAACGUAGAUCUGACCUUAAAUGCCCUAACCAAACAGUCUUCCAUGUGAUGUAAUUAAUAUUGCAUUAUGUCAUUAUUCUAGUUUGGGAAGUAGUUCUUCUCACAAGUGCAGUUGUUAUUCUUCAUUACAAGUGUGCCUCAACAUUCACUAGAGUUUGCAUGAAUAGUAUAGCAGAUAAGGUCAAGUCGAUUGUUACCAUUCUGAUUAAGCCAUGACUUUUGGAUGGUUUCUGUGCUCAAUCCGUUUGAGAACUAUUGUGAUGUAUAUAUGUUAAUAGUGACCUCAA